AUGCCCCCCAGCUUCUGCAUGGCGCUUGUGUGGCAUCUUGAGAAAGAUCUUGGAGAAUUUGCACUGCUUGUUGAAGAGAGGAAUUGUCGUGCAUCCAAACAAGGUGGUGGUCCAGCAUGGGUUGCAAGUUCGUGGGUCUGUGGACAAAAAUCUAGAAUGGAGCUGCGCUUGCGUGUGCUGGGCUUGAAGGGAGAGCAUGGAGGAGCCAAGCCCAAGGCAGAAGGAUGGAGAUGCUGGGCUCCAGAGCUGAGGCAGGAGACGCGAUGGGCCGUGCGCACCACGCAGGCGCGUUGGGCAAGCAGGCCACAUGCGCUGGGCUGGACCAUGAGGCGCGCGCUAUCGUGGAGCAACGGGCCUCGUGCGCUGCUGGGAUGGAGCUGGGCCAUGCUGGAGUUAGGCCGCAUGCAUGCUGGGCUUCGUGCUAGCGAGCUGCUCGUGCUGGGUUGGAAACGCUGA